UGCUUGAACGUCUGAGUGUAGAUAAUGCCGAACAUUUAGAUGGUAACGUCAAAGCACAUCAGUUAUGGUGUGCACUGAAAGCAUUACAAGAUGCAGUCGAGCAACCUCACCGAACACCAUUUGCAGAACAAAUUCAAUCAUUGAAAAAUUUCUCUUCAGCCGAUGAAGUAGUGUCAACGGUUUUGUCAACAAUUGAUGAUUCAGUUGCCAUCAACGGUAUUGAUUCUGUUUCUGAAUUGUCGGCGCGAUUUCUUACCGUUAAAGAAGAAGUUCGGCGGGCUUCCUUAGUACCCGAAGACGGAGGUGUCUUGUCUCAUCUUCUGUCCAUUAUAAUGUCUAAAAUCAUGUUCCGUAAACAUGGUUACGUGGAUGGGAAUGAUGUGGAAGCUAUACUUGCUAGGGUUCAAUAUCACCUCAACGAAAACGAUUUGGACAAUGCCACGAGGGAAUUGAAUCAGUUAAAAGGAUGGCCGAAAAGGUUGGCUGAAGAUUGGAUUAAAUCAGCUAAGAACCAUUUAGAAGUCAAACAGGCUAUUGAGGUAAUCGAGGCACAAGCAACAUUAUCUAGCAUUUCUGUUAUAUAA